AUGAUAUAAUAGAUUAAAUAUUAUAACAAAUUAGGAGAAUUUUAAAAGUCUUCACUCUAAUCUCAUUAGAUUCUCCAUAUUGAUCUGAGCCAUAAUAAUAUUGGUGAUAAAUGUCUAUCAGAUUUAGGUUCUGCUUUAGCAAAAUGCACUAAUCUCUCAAAUUUGGAACUUGAUCUUAGAGAAAAUUAAAUUGGUGCUAAAGGUGUAUCAGUUUUAGGUUCUGCUUUAUCAAAUUGCAUUAAUCUCUAAAAUUUGACACUUUACCUUAGUUAUAAUAAAAUUAGUGAUAAAGGUUUACUAGGCUUAAGUUCUGCUUUAGCAAAUUGCACUAAUCUCUCAAAUUUGAAACUUUAUUUUUCCAGCAAUCAAAUUGGUGAUUAAGGUGUAUCAGGCUUAGGUCCUGCUUUAGCAAAUUGCACUAAUCUCUCAAAUUUGGAACUUGAUCUUUAUGAUAAUAAAAUUAGUGAUAAAGGUUUACUAGGCUUAAGUUCUGCUUUAGCAAAUUGCACUAAUCUCUCAAAUUUGAAACUUUAUUUUUCUGAUAAUAAUAAAAUUAGUGAUAAAGGUUUACUAGGCUUAAGUUCUGCUUUAGCAAAUUGCACUAAUCUCUCAAAUUUGGAACUUGAUCUUGGUCGCUUUGGUAAUUAAGGUUUAUCAUGUUUAUGUUCUGCUUUAGCAAAUUGCACUCUUCUCUCAAAUUUGACACUUAAUCUUGGAUCGAUUGAAUUUGGUUCAAAUGGUGCAUCUAUCUUAGGUUCUGCUUUCCCAAAUUGCACUAAUCUCUCAAAUUUGACACUUAAUCUUUCUGAUAAUUAAAUUUGUGAUAGAAGUGUAUCCAGCUUAGGUUCUUACUUAGCAAAUUGCACUCAUCUCUUAAAUUUGAAACUUGAUCUUCGAAACAACGAAAUUAGUUCAAUUGGCGCAUCAAACUUAGCUUCUGCUUUAGCAAAUUGCACUAAUCUCUUAAUAUUGACAGUUCAUCUUAGGGAAAACAACAUUAAAGAAUCAAAACAAUAGAAAGUAUCAGCCAAAUAUCUUAAAUCAAAAAGAUUAGUUGUCGCUGAUAUAGAUUUCUAUUAUUGA